AUGACUGCUUCUUCUAAUAUUCCAACAACAUUCGAGGGUACUGUGGAUCUAGGUAUCAUUGGGGGCACAGGUCUUUACCAAUUAGAAUGUCUCGAGGCGAUUGCCGUUCUUCCAGCGAUGGUUACUCCGUGGGGCACCACAUCGUCGCCAAUCACUAUAUCGAAAGUGGUCGGGGACUCUCAAGAGCACUUCCACGUUGCUUUCGUCUCAAGACACGGUUUGCACCACCAAUACUCGCCUUCCACUGUUCCCUUUAGGGCCAACAUGGCUGCGUUGAAGCACUUGAAAUGUAAGGCAGUUUUAUCUUUCAGCGCAGUGGGCUCGCUGCAGCAGCACAUCAAACCCCGCGAUUUCGUACUGCCCCAGCAAAUCAUUGAUAGGACCAAGGGUAUUCGUGAAUCUUCGUACUUCAACGACAUUGGUCUCGUUGGCCAUGUGGGAUUUGGCGAACCAUUUUCUAAAUCGUUUGCAGAGUACAUCAAUCAGUUUGGUAGCGUUCUGAAGCACUCUGACCCCGAGGAAUCUUGCUCUCUACAUCUAGGAGAAGACGUUACAGUUGUGUGUAUGGAAGGACCACAGUUCUCUACUAGAGCUGAGUCUAAGAUGUACCGUAUGUUAGGCGGUGACGUUAUCAACAUGAGCGUUCUUCCUGAAGCUAAGCUAGCUCGCGAAUGUGAACUUCCAUACCAAAUCGUUUGCAUGUCCACUGACUACGAUGCCUGGAGAGACGAAGCUGAGCCUGUCACCGUGGAGACGGUUCUUGCGAACUUGCACAACAACGGAUCCAACGCUAACGCAUUGGCGUCUACUAUUAUCACUAACAUGGCCAACAAACUGCCUGAGUUCAUGGUCACCGGUGAUAACCUCAGGGGCUCGAUCAAGAUGAGUGUUGCAACGAAACCUCACGCGAUGUCGAAAGAGACGUUGGCCAAACUCGAAUAUUUGUUUCCUGGCUACUGGUAG